UGCCUGUUAUUAAAAACAAGUAAACACGAUUUCUUUCGCAUUGUUGGAUGUUUAGACUUUAUUGAGCGAUGGUAGCUUUCAUGUCUAAACGCAUCUGUUUUGUCUGGUGCUCUUUGUAACCCCUGACGGGUGUAAAGCACCAGUUUACGUUACUCUGCCUCGUUACAGUCGGUCGGCAGCACGGACUUGUGUCGCUAAAACAGUUCCAUUAAAUAACUAACAGCCUAGACCGAGCUUAUACGUGUUAAAUAUAUUUAAAGAAGACAUUUCAACACCGCAGGCAUGAAUAGGCGAGAAGGUGAAGGAUGUCCCCGGAGAAAUGCUGAUGCGGUGCAGGAUGCCAACUCAUCCUCACCUGUCAUUGCUGCUUUCAAAGUUUUCCAACAGGAGCUCGACACCAAACACGACAAACAUGAGCGUCUCGUUAAGAUCAGUCGAGACGUCACCAUCGAAAGCAAGAGGACCAUUUUUCUUUUACAUAGAGUGACCAGUGUACCAAAUGCAGAUGAUAUUCUGAAAGAAGCGGACGUGAAACUGGAUGCAGUCAGGCAGAAAAUUGGUCAAAUUGCCGAAGAACUCAGAGGAGAGGACAUCUUUCAGUUUCACAGAGCUUUCACAGCAGGAAUCCAGGAGUAUGUGGAGGCCGUGUCUUUCCUGCACUACAUCCGCCAUCGCAGCCUCAUCAGCCUGGAGGAGAUCAACGCCAGUCUGGUGUUCAUGAGACCGGAGAAGGUAGAUGACAAGGGCUCAGCCGAAGCGCCGCAGGCGGGCGGUCCGGUUCUGACCUUCCAGGUGACGCCCUCCGACUACCUGCUCGGCGUGGCCGACCUGACCGGAGAGCUGAUGCGCAUGUGCAUCAGCAGCGUGGGCAACGGCGACAUUGACACGCCCUUCCAGCUGAGCCAGUUCCUGCGGCAGAUCCACGACGGCUUCUCCUACAUCGGCAACACGGGCCCGUACGAGGUGUCCAAGAAGCUGCACACGCUGCGGCAGAGCCUGGGCAAAGUGGAGGACGCCUGCUACGCCCUGCGCGUCCGCGGCUCGGAAAUCCCCAAACACAUGUUGGCCGACGUGUUCUCCAGCAGGACCGCACACCUCGACCCCGAGGAAGGAGUGGUUUGAUUCCCGCGCAGCCUCUGCAACGUUGUUCACGAUCUCUGUGGUGUCAUUGUCCGCUUUAGUUGUGAUCCGGUUUGAUGUUUGUCUGUAUUUUUAAUGGAGUUUGACGGAUGUUUGAUUAUGGUUUGUGACAUGCUUGUUAAUUUUGUUUUUAUUGUUCGAAUAAAAACAGUGUUACAAUAGACAAUGUAUUAUUUUUCUUUGAUAAGGAUCUGAUGACUUCAGUUGUUUUUGCAUGAAUAAAAGUUCUGUGCCAAAUAUGCCAUGCUCUCCCAGUCUGUAAGCUGCUUUGAUAAUGUGUGUUUAUUUUAUUUUGCUCUCUGCCCUCCCCUCUCUCUAUCACACAGAUAAUCUAAGGUAGAACUAUUGGCUGCUUGCACACACUGCAUACUGUGUGGAGGAGGAUCAUGUGACCUUUGUACAUUGUACGUGCCUGUUCUCUGGCAGGCACACACACACAACCCAUUACUUCCUUAUUCUAACCUCUCUUUAACAGUCCUCACCACUGCAAUGACCUAAGUUCAUAAGGUUUUGAGCACGGUGAGAAAUAUUCCUGGCAGAAAACCAAUACGCUCCUGCUAUUUUCUCACCUGUUCAUCUGAUGGUGGUGAUUAUUACCAUCCAGAUAGACAAUGCUGCUGUGUUCAGAGAUGGCCUCAGACUAAUGCCUGCAUAGUCUAUGAUGAGUCAGAUUUAACUUAAGAGAAAGUGUAACUGGUGAGUCUACUGCAACAUGACCUCUGUAGGUUUUCCUCUUUCUGUUCUGAAGCAGCUGUUGUGCUUCACGGUCUGCAAUCGCUCAUCUCUCAUAACGUGGAGCUUUAGGAUGAAACAUUAUCCGUCUCUGAUUAAUUCAGUUUCAUGUCUAAAAAUGUUAGGCAUUUGGUAUUCAACCACAAAGAAGAUCAUCUGUCAUUGCACUGCUCUUGGUGUUCUUUCUAUAGGCAGUGAGAGAAAGGGUUUUCAUUGACACCUUGUGGUUAAUAUGAGUACUACAAGUGGAUAACUUGAAUCUUCAGCAUAAAACUGAAAAACAUUUUGUAGAAAUAUGAUACACUGCUGUUGACAUUUUUUAGUUAAGUCUUUUAUGUAUGAUUA